AUGAAGGUUUCCAUCGCCCUUGUGCCCCUCCUUGCCGGGCUCGGAAUUGCAGGCCCCAUGCGCAAGAGAGAAGAGCAUGUUGCCGGUGUUGCAGAUGUUGCGAACAGCAUCAACGGUGCCAAGGUUGCUGAGAGUAUCAACGGCGCCAAGAGCAUCGACAGCAUCGACAGCAUCAAUCGUGCUCGCAGUAUCGGUGUUGCGGACAGCAUUGACAGCAUCAACAGAAGGAGCAUUGACAGCAUCGACAGCAUUAACGGUGCCAAGGUUGCCAAUAGUAUCAAUGGUGCCAAGGUCGCCGGGGUCGCCGACGUUACGGACAGCAUCGAUAGCAUUGAUAGCAUCAACAGAAGGAGUAUCGACAGCAUUGACAGCAUCAACGGUGCGAAGGUUGCCAACGUUGCGGACGUUGCGAACAGUAUCAACCGUGCCCGCAGUAUUGAUGUCGCCGAUGUCGCUGACGUUGCAGGCGUUGCAAACAGCAUCGACCGUGCUCGCAGUAUUGAUGUCACCGAUGUUGCUGAUGUCGCUGAUGUCGCUGAUGUUGCUGGUGUUGCUGGCGUCGCCGAUGUUGCUAAUAGCAUCAACCGUCGCAGUAUCAAUGUUGCCGAUGUUGCCGAUGUUGCUGAUGUCGCCGGUGUUGCUGGUGUUGCAGACGUUGCCGACGUUGCCAACAGCAUCAACCGUCGCAGUAUUGAUGUGGCCGGUGUCGCUGGUGUCGCUGGUGUUGCCAAUGUUGCUGACGUUGCUGACGUCGCCGACGUCGCCGACGUUGCCAACUAA